UCGAAAUAACUUUGCAAAAAAACUCUAAAUGGGAUUGCUAUUAAAGGUUUUCUCGAAAACACAUUUCAAAUACAAAUUGAAUAACUCCAACAUAUUAACUCCGUGAGAACGGAAGAAAUGUAAGGCAACAGUGGGUGAAAAGCGGCCUUGAAGACGGAGUUAUCGCUUAAAAACAGAGAGAAAAAAACAGAGAAAGAAACUCAAAGGAAAUGUAAGGAAGACCCAACAACCAGACCAAUAUUUAGUUGUUGCAUCUUCUAUUGACUAAAAACACUCAAUAGCAGCCAUGCAAGAAAGCAACUUCUUCUAUAAAACUUAGAUGCCCAUUUUCCAUAUUUCCCACUUUCUAAACCUUAAUUUCAAAAUCAAAAUGGGAAUCUCAAAUAAAGUUUAUGGAGUUGUGAUGAUGAUUGUGUAUUGUGGUUUGUUUGUUGUGAGCUAUAGUUUGUUUGAAACAGGGGAGACCCGAUUGACUUUGGAUUACUAUGCCAAAACUUGUCCCAAUGUGUUGCAGAUUGUGAGGAAAGAGAUGGAGUGUGCUGUUCUUUCUGAACCGCGUAAUGCAGCUCUUGUUGUUCGAUUGCAUUUUCAUGAUUGUUUCGUUCAGGGGUGCGACGGGUCAGUUUUGCUGGACGACACAAUAACAUUACAGGGAGAAAAAAAAGCUUCCAACAACAUACACUCUCUCAAAGGCUUUAGAAUCAUUGAUAGGAUAAAGAACAGCAUUGAAUCAGAAUGUCCUGGGAUUGUUUCUUGUGCUGAUAUACUCACUAUUGCUGCCAGGGAUGCUGUGAUUCUGGUGGGUGGGCCUUACUGGGAUGUUCCCCUAGGAAGAAAGGAUUCGACAAGUGCAAGUUAUGAACUUGCAAACACAAAUCUUCCCUCUGCCAAUGAGGGGCUUCUCAGCAUCAUCUCCAAGUUUCUUUAUCAGGGUCUCUCGGUUACUGACAUGGUAGCUCUAUCAGGAGCGCACACAAUCGGAAUGGCAAGGUGUGAGAAUUUCAGACAAAGAAUCUAUGGGGAUUUCGACGCGACUUCAGACCCAAACAACCCGAUUUCGAGGUCGUACAUCGAGAAGUUAAGGUCAAUAUGUCCCUUAGUUGGUAAAACAGGAGAGAACAACAUAACAGCAAUGGACAAUAUGACACCAGAGCUAUUUGACAGCUCUUAUUUCCAAAUGUUGAUGAGAGGAGAAGGGGUUUUGAAUUCAGAUCAAGAAUUGUAUUCCAGCCUUUUGGGGAUAGAAACUAAGGCAUUGGUGAAGAAAUAUGCUGCCGAUCCAAUUGCUUUCUUUCAGCAAUUCUCUGAUUCUAUGGUGAAAUUGGGAAAUAUUACCAAUUCUGAUAGCUUUGUCAAUGGAGAAGUUAGGAAAAACUGCAGGUUUAUUAAUACAUGAGAGAACAAAAAGGGAAACUAAAUCUUCUUUCUAUUUAUAAAGGAAUUGUUCUGAUAUUACAAUCUUUGUAACAUGUUCAUCAUGCAAAUUUGUAUGAGUAUUAAAGCAUAGGAAGUUUGAUCUUCAAAUCAUAAUGUAUGCUUUUUGAGUUUUAA